ACAAUUUCAUUACUCAUUCCAAUUUUCCCACAAAUAAAAAAAAUAUGUCAAAUGAGGAUUUUUCUGAAUGGCAACAAAUCCCAUAUCCUUCAUCUUCAACUACAACCAAUAAUAAUAAUAACAAUAAUACUCAAAUAGCUUCUGAUGAAAUGACCAUUUUGCCCUUGAUUGAGGAUAUUACUAUUGAUAAUAAUGAUAGUAAUGAUGAUGAUGAGAAGGGUGAAUAUGGAAAUAAGUGGUUGAAAAAGAGUGUAAGAGAAUUGAGUUGUUGGAUUGUUCAAAUGGCUUCAAAGAUGAGAAAUUAUGCUUCUUCUAAAGUUGGAAUUGGAAAAUUCACUUAUAAUACAAGUAGAAUAUUGACAUUUCUUUUGGUUCCAUUGUUUUAUUGGAUGAUAAAGAAAAAAUGGAGGAGGCAAAGACAAAUUGAUAAUACUUCUAACAAACUUAUGCUACUUGUCCAAGAAAAAGACCAGAAAAUUGAGCAGCUGUCGCUCCAAAUUAGCCAGAUGAAUGAGUCUCUUAUAACACGGCGAAAAGUUCCAGUCCUUCAAGUAGGCUAAUAUGUAUAUAUAUAGUUAAAGAUGAUCGUGCUUUUAGAAUUGAUUUCACCUGAUAUAUAUGUAUGUGCUUUUCAAUUCUGGAUGCUCGAAUAAGUGCACAUGUUAAAAAUUUAUAUAAAGUCGAACAAGUAGAUAUAUACACAUAUCAUUCUACAUGACAUAAUAAAUUUUUAUGUAUAGAUGUAUGCGUUUACUUAUUAAGUUGUAUACAGAUUUAAGUGUUUACUUGUUCA